AUCACCUACGUCUAGCUAGCAUGGUGAAGGCUACCCUCAACGGCCAAGCUUUAGCCGAGUCUAAUGAAACAAUCAUCAUCGAAGGCAACCAUUACUUCCCUCCCUCAACCGUCGAUGACAAAGUUUUGACCCCGUCUGACACUCACACAACUUGUCCUUGGAAAGGCGUGGCGUCGUAUUAUAACGCGAGUGUACCGGGCGAGGCUCCCGUUAAGGACGUAGCUUGGUACUACCCAACGACCAUCACGAACAAGGCUAAGCCCAUUGAAGGAUACGUCGCAUUUUAUAAGAGUAAGGUUACUAUCAGUGACACUUGAGAAUGUAUAACAACUUGCGAAGCUAAUCAGACGAUGGUCCUAGCGUCAAUCACGUGACAAGAUCUUUGGGUUGGACAUAAAUUGUCAUUAUAGUGGUAUGUUCAUCUGUAACAUUUGAGUGGGUAAAAUACAGCAAUGGUAUAUAUGAUACAAUGGGGGC